AUGAAGACCAGCGCUUUCGUCUCCAUUGUCUAUGCCACCGUGGCUUUUGCUUCAGCGAUCCCUCAAUCCAACAAUGUUCCAAAGGCUGUCAGCGCCCCCAUUGACGGCUAUGAAAUCGCCCCUAUGAAGUGGACUGGACAGGUCGACAAGCGCAGCGAGAAUAUCACUCUUGAGGGCACCCUUGAGGAAAUCACAGUCAAGGCCCGAGAGAUCAACCCAGACUUCGGUGCCUCUCCCUCAGUUGAGAAGCGCGGUUUCGGAAAAAUCAACUGCGGCUGGGGAGGCAAGGGCCGUGCUGGAGUUCUGGCCAUCAAGGAAGGUAUUGACUACCUCCAGGGAAUCGACGGCUAUUGUGGCCUAGAUGAUGGCCCCUACAAGUGUGCCCGCGUCAGCUGCUCGUGGGACUCUGCCAUCUGGCUCUGCAAUGACAAUGAUACCCCUCUUCGCGUUCCUUGCAAGGACCUCGGUCCCUUUGCGGCCAAGAUCCGCGAGGACUGCAUGUCCAGUGGUUGGUCCGAGCCCAUGACUCAAGGCCAGCUAUUCAGCGAUAAGGGCAACUGGAAUGUGAUUGUUGGGAAGGACAGUUGCUAG